AUGGAUAAUCCCACGCAGCAUUGUUAUGACAUUGGUUUCAUCCUGAAAAGGAUACAGAAGCAUGGCCUGUUCAUGCAACUGGAAAAAUGUACCUUUGACCAGUCCCCUACAGAGUUCUUGGGUUACAUCCUUUCCUCAGACAGCAUCAAGAUGGACCCCCAGAAGGUGGAGGCCAUCUACAAUUGGGCAGUGCCCAGGUCCCCCCAUCCUGAGCUUCACAAAUUUUUAUUGACAGUUCAUUCCAGACUUCUCAGGGCAAACAGCCUCCUCCUGCACAAGGCUGUCAAAUUUGUUUGGACACCGGAAGCUCAUCAUGCUUUUGAACAGCUCAAAGCGGCUUUCACCACCACUCCCGUCUAG